AUGCCUGUUUUGGUGAACACAAGGCAGGAAUUAUACGAUGAGUUAUCUACUGCAGAGAGUUCCCUUGCAAUCGUCGAAUAUUUUGCCAAGUGGUGCAAGCAAUGCACAGAAUCUGAAAAAUGGAUCGAUCAAAUCGAGCACGAGCACCCAAAUACCCUCGUCAUCCGAGUCGAUACCGACAUCCUCGCCGGUUACGCGAAGAAAAUGAAAGUCAAAGCCGUCCCUACUUUUCAUUUUUACUCGAAAAACAAGAAAAACGCGAGGAAAUCUUCAAGAAAGCCUUCCGCCGCGCCAAAGAGCAAAUCAAACGAAGAGCAGGAGAAAAAAGAAGAAGUUGUUGUUACUGUAACUGCUGAUCCAGAAACUACAGUUCAAGAGCCUGAGAAAUCUGAAAAUCGAUAA